CUGAAGCGUUGUGAGAUUGUACGGUAUUCCGUACCAUCUGGCAAUUUCAUACGCGGGACAUUUGUGCCCGAGUCCUUGGCCAUUCGAAACUGACAGCUUCAAAGUGGUCGGCCAGGCCCGUGUCAAUUCUCAGUUCCGCCACUUCCCUAACCAGUUCAUCAUUUGUCGUCAGAUCUGAGAUCCCAAUCUAUCACCACAAUACUCGAUUCCAAUCUUCCAUUCCAAUCUACGGUUACACGUCAAAUGGAAUCGCCCACAAUAGGAUUGUUUGCCAGAUGGGAAAGCAGCAAUCUAUCGAAUUGACGAUGUGUGAAGUGCUGGUGGGCAAUGGUCUGGCAGGUUUUGGUCCCAAGGCGUAAAAUUCGCGACUGCACUCGUAUAUAUCUGCGCUGUGGCGGAGCGGGCCGGGUCACUCCUCAUGAAGAAAGAUCUCCGAGGUGAGGAUGAUAAUCUUCGGACUCAACACACAGUCUCUAGGCCUGUGAGGAGUUCCCUGCCUCUUUUCCUUGUGAUCGUCGAUAAGGCAUAUCUGCUGGCAAAAGGUAUGGGUACGACAGAGGGUGUUUUUCCGUCAAAGGUAGGUCUCAUUGGAAAGACACUAACAUGUUGUUCCCCACUUCCUGUCAUACACAUCAUUCCCUCCUUAAAGAUUUCACUGAUGCUAUGGGAUUGGGCGGAGAUGCCUCUCGGACAGGCCUAUCCGUCAUCAACACCAGCGGGAAAUUGGACAGCACUGCCAGAUAUGCCAAUGUCGGUCUCAGUGCCGCUGUCGUUUUCAGGUACGGGCGUCGAACGCGCCUUACGAGUGGUUGAUGCACUGGUUGCUCAGUGCUUGAGUCCGGUAAAUCCAGCCACGGGAGAGUUUAGCAGAUGGUCCAUGCCCGGGCUGGCGUCGGCGCCUGGGAUCAGUGUGUCUGCGCUCCGCUGGUGGACCUGAUGAGCCAUGCUUCGAGUGUUGGUAGGGAUGAUGUCCAGUGUCUGAUCACGGCGUGGCCUUCCCAUGAGGGCCACCCCACAACAAACCCACUCGAAGGCCUCCUUUAUGUUCGUCUGGUUAGGACAACACGAAAUGAGCAUGGACGUCCUUGGUAUAUAGCCAUGAACGCGCGCUCCUUCCUCCCAGCCUCUUCUUCACCACCACUUGCAUCAGCACAGGUCAUCCAUUCCCUCGUUAUAAUCCGAAGGAUUUUUCCUUCAUCCAUUCUUUACCAAGAAGUCAUUCGUUACACUCUUUCAACAUGCUUUUCUCGUUUGGCGCGGCCGCUUUGAUGGCCGGCGUUGCACUCGCUGAACCACUCGCUACCAUCACUCCUUGCCCGCAAGCCACCGGCAGCAGCACGGUGUCACCCAUCACUGUGACCAGCCAGUAUCAGUCUGUCUCGACUUGCGAGCCCACCACAGCUUGCUUCCGUGGCUCUUGCAUUACGAAGUACCCAUACAACACAUGGGCCUUUGUUAGCACCACCAUCCCCGACGCCUGGGAUGGAAAGACCGCCUCCAGCACACUGGUCACCUCCACCCAGCAGGAAGUUACCGUGUCAGUCUGGUCUACGACCUUCACGAAAUAUGUUACUCCAGCACCCACUGCCACCAUCAACGGCACUGUUUACGUUCCAGCACCCACUCCUGUUUACCUCACCAUCGCAAAAGACUUCUACGCCCCAUACAACCAGCUUGGUCCGUUGGCCAUCCCAGGUUAUGACGGUAGCGGUCUUUGCAACACUUGUGGUGUCCAGAAGGAUGGCAGCCGCAGACAGGUCGUCGACGUUACCGAAUGCCGUGCUGGUCCUUUCGGAGCUAAGUGCUUGGGAUACGAAGAGACCUGGAUCUCGCUCCCUGCACCGCCCGUUACAUCGACCACUGUUGCUCCUCUCUCCACCAGAUGGGUUGCUCCCACCGCUGGUACCUACACUUUCACCUUCACCAUGACCCAGCCGGCUCGUGUGAUCACUGCUGCUGCCGAGACCAUCACCAUCGCUCCUCAGCCAUGGUAUGCGUAUGUCACCCGUGGUUGCCACAGACCUCGUGAGAUCAUCGACUUCACGACUACCAUCACGAAGACCAUCUACUACACUGUGCCCUGCAGCCGACAAGCACCCACCACAGCCAGCCCCGUGCCAAUGCCUACCGGCCCUAACUGGGGAUGGUUCCCUAAGCCAGGCCAUGGAUCGGGUCCUUCAGAUGGCGGUGAUCCUUUUGCGUGGCAAGACUGGGGUAACCCGAGCAACACCAACACCAAGGAGUGGCAAGAUUGGUUCACCGUCACCGAGACUGUCACGAACACGAUCACCAGCACUGGUGGCCCAGUUGGUGGUUCAACCACUGCAACCUCGACCUCAAGCAUCUCCUCGGCCACGAGCACUGGCGGACCAAUCGGCGGCUCGACCUCCACUGGCGCCAGCAGCUCCUCAAGCUCCUCCAGCUCUUCCAGCUCUGCUUCGUCUGCCAGCAGCUCGUCAAGCUCUAGCUCUUCCAGCUCUGCCUCAUCUGCGAGCAGCUCUAGCAGCUCUAGCUCUUCCAGCUCUGCCUCAUCUGCGAGCAGCUCUAGCAGCUCCAGCUCCAGCUCUGCGUCCUCAGCAAGCAGCUCGAGCAGUUCUAGCAGCUCGGCCAGCUCGGCAAGUAGCUCCAGCAGCUCGGCCAGCAGUGCUAGCAGCGCAUCUAGCUCUAGCAGCACCACCAGCUCGGCUUCGUCAUCCAGCACCAGUGCCGUCAGCACUCCUGCCAUUGGACCUUUCUACCUGAUCUCCAACACCAAUGCCAAGUACCGAAAGCGAGCAAUCACUUAUGUUGCCUUUGCCGGCGAGGAUGCUGUCCUUGUUAGCGACCAGGACCUUGCCGCUCAGUUCUACAUCGAUACCAAUGGUUUCUUGACCUCUGGAGGACAGUUUGUUGACUCGGACUACACCUUCUCCUACAUUGCAUUCCAGCUUACCCCCACGCCACCCACCACACUCGCGACCUUCUCGAUCGCGUCUGACAACACUCUGGUCAUUGACGUUGAGAACAAUGGAUUCUGUGUUACCGACUCUAGCAACAUCUUUAUCCUUUUCAGCGCCCAAGAGACUCCAUUCUUCUGCAACCCUAUCAUCCUUACUGUUGUCUUUACCCUGCCAUCGACCACGACCACCACUAGCAUGAUGAGCACAUCUUCCAGCAGCAUGAUGACCAGCACCACUGCCGCGCCUUCGUCGACAUCAAGCAUGAUCUCGUCCACCAGCAGUUCUGCGGCCUCAUCUAGCUCCGCAGCCUCGUCAAGCAGCUCCGCGGCCUCGUCUAGCUCAGCAGCCUCAUCCAGCAGCGCAGCAGCAACGUCAAGCUCCGCAGCAUCAUCUAGCUCGGCGGCUUCAUCCAGCAGCUCGGCAGCAUCAUCUAGCUCGGCAGCUUCAUCUAGCUCUGCGGCUUCAUCUAGCUCUGCAGCGUCGUCUAGCUCGGCGGCUUCGUCCAGCUCGGCUGCUUCAACUAGCUCAGCUGCUUCAACUAGCUCAGCCGCCUCAUCGUCAAGCUCAGCAGCGUCCUCGAGCUCUGCUGCCUCUAGCAGCUCGGCAGCCUCAACAAGCUCAGCGGCUUCAUCAAGCAGCUCGGCAGCCUCCUCUAGCUCAGCCGCCUCGUCGUCCAGCUCGGCCGCUUCCACUAGCUCGGCUGCUUCGUCCAGCAGCUCGUCAGCUUCUAGCGCUUCGUCGACCUCGUCCGCAGCAAGCAGCGCUUCUUCUAGCAGCUCUACUACAUCAUCUGCCUCAUCUUCCAGCACCUCUGGUAGCUUCACUGCCGCCCCAGAGAUGACCGGUUUCUCGGUCUCUGCUUCAACCCCUGGUAACCAGAAGCGUGCUGUCCAAUACCUUAACUUCAAGAACGGUGGUUUCGGUGAACUCGGCGAUCAGGCAGAUGCCGACAACUUCUCCAUCGAUGAUGACUCUCACCUCAUGGUUGAUGUCAGAUUUAUCGGUGCCGCCGACUCGAACAACAACGAUCAGCUUCUCGAGGCUUUCGCUACCCCACCUGCCUUGAGCUUCUGGUUGAUGGACGCCUCUGGAUUUAUCACCCUUGACGAGCGCAAGUUCUGUUUGACUCAAUCAAACACCAUCCUUGUCGUCGACACCGACUUCAACGGAUGUGCGAUUCCUCUGGUUUUCCAAGUUGUCCCGGCUGUUGCUACCACCAGCUCGACUACGUCCGUGGCUACGUCUACCACGUUCAUGACCUCGACCACCACACCUCCGGUGGUGACGACGACGACGACGACUGAGCAGCAACCCACGACCACCACAACCACCACCACCGAGGGACCCACGACCACCACGACCACCACCACCGAGGAACCCACGACCACCACGACCACCACCACCGAGGGACCCACGACCACCACGACCACCACCACCGAGGAACCCACGACCACCACGACCACCACCACCGAGGGACCCACGACCACGGCGCCACCCACCACGACCGCCGAGCCACCCACGACCACGACCACGACGACGUCGUUCGACCCAUCGGGCGAUCUUUCCGCUGAUCAGGUAGCUCCUACCCCGAUCCGCCGUGGUAUCCAAUACGGUGGUCGCAAGUACUACCAUCAACGCCGCCAUUAGACCCGGGAGUUUCUUGUCUCUUUGGGAGGACUAUGAUGAACCGAGGUGAUAAUGAUGAUGUGAUGUAGUCCCACGGAAAUUUGGAGCCGGCGUGGGCUUUUUUUCUUAUGUCACUGCAAACGUGUGCUUCUUUUCUUUUCUCUAGUAUGGCGCCGGACGGGGCUUUUUGGAUGUUUCAGCGGUGAAGCAUCUCUGAGCUACUACAGGCGGGAACAUUUAUUAUCGACAGCAACAAUGGAAAAUUUAUCAUUCUUCAUAUGGACACAAACUUUAUAGAUGGGUUUUUUCUGUGGUCUUUUGGGAGAGGGUGACUGAGGGAGAGAGAACACACAGCAGAGCCAUCUCUCCCAUGGCAAUUUUCACCCGAGAUAGGCUUCUGCAGUUGUUUGAGGGGAUACCAACCCACAACACACCGCCCAAAUGACAAGAAUUUGUUGCGCACCCGAA